GGCCGCCCCAGCCGCCGGCCCGGGGAGGACAGUCAGGCCUGCGGGAUGGCCUCCUUCGGGUGGAAGAGGAAGAUCGGCGAGAGGGUGUCCAAGACGAGCUCCCAGCGGUUCGAAGCCGAAGCCGCCGACGAGCAGGGCCCGGCGGACGGGGACGAGGCCGACUGGAUCCGGGCCGGCAAGCGGAGGAAAGAGAUCCUCCUGGAAGACUGCGGCCAGAGAAGCGAGCGGCUGAAAGAGGAAGGAGCCGCCCUGGCCGAAAACCGACGGUACUGGGAGGCGGUUCACAAGUGGGACGAAGCACUUCAGUUAACGCCCGGUGAUGCCACCCUCUAUGAGAUGAAGUCACAGGUGCUGAUGUCUCUGCAGGAGAUGUUCCCCGCAGUCCAGGCGGCAGAAAUGGCCGUCCAGAGAAAUCCCCAUUCGUGGGAGUGCUGGCAAACCCUGGGACGGGCCCAGCUGGGACUAGGAGAGAUAGUACUGGCGAUCCGCAGUUUCCAGGUGGCUCUGCACAUCUACCCCAUGAACGCGGAACUGUGGAAGGAAGAUCUGUCGUGGGCCAGAACGCUCCAAGACCGGCAGCGGGAGGCCCGAGGGUCCGGGAGAGCGGCCGGGCUGGCCCCGGAGCCCGACCCCACCCCCGAACCCAUCCCGGACUACGACUUCGAGAGCGACGAGAUCGUGGCCGUGUGCGCCGCCAUCGCGGAGAAGCAGAAGCCGCUCCCGGCCGCCAAGACCACCGUCAUCGUGUCCGCCUCCGGCGCCGUGGAGACCGUCACCGAACGGGACCGGGGGCCCGCCGUCCCGGACGGGUCCGUCUUCAUCAAAGCCCGGUGACGCGGCCCGCCCCCGGGGCCGGGGUGGCUUGCCUCGCUUCCACUCGGGGUCGAGGAGCGGGGCGGUCCCACUGGAGAAAUCAGGGCGCCGCCGUCCGUUCUGCAGCGGAUCGAGCCGACGGAGACGGAGAGCCGGGAAUCCAGUGUCGCGUUGAGUCCCGCCGGCGUCGCUCUCGGCUCUGAAGUGUGCGCAAAAACCUCGCAGCGGGACUAAUGGGUUUCAUUUCACCCUUUGAGGUGAAUGUAGCCGCAGCUUUUUCCUUCUCAUAAAGCCUGACCUGCAGGCGCCGGCUUUUAAAAACAAGGUAGGACGCACACGGUCGUUCCCAGGGCCCCGCGAGGUCGAUGUUUUCGAAGUGCCAGUUGUAUCGGGCAGAUUUUUGGAAGGGGAUGGCAAGCGGUUCUUUUUCCCCGCCCUCUGAUAUAGGAGACGAGGAAGAUCGAACCACAAAGGAAACCCCAAAAGAUGCAUAAGCUCCUAGAGUGUUUGGGAAGCAAAAGGCCAAACUUACUGACCGACUGACGGAAAUAUUUGCAAAUUCUGCAAAAUCCUCUCGUUCCGUCUGAGGGUGUGCAAUGGGUCGGUUUUUAGCCCCGUCUGCUUUUAUUCGUGCUCGUUGAUUUGAUCCUAAUUAAAACAGACCAAAAAAGCAUUUUCCGGACCCGUAUCCGUAUUCACGAUCUCCUUCCGUCUCUGCCCGGCCACAGGGACGUGUCCCGAAUGACGACAUCCCACAGCGCGACUGUUGUUUUUUUCAAAUGCAGUGUUAACCCUGGGUGAUUAUGCUUCAUAAACGCUGUGGUUUUCCGUUAAGGUAGUAGCUUUAUCUAAGCCUUGGCACAUCUGUGCAAGCCAUUCCCCCCCACUUCCUAACAACUCAGUGUGUCACCCCCAGACUUUUGAAAGCCUGCAUUACUUCAGAUCCUCCAUACCGCAUUGUCAGCUCCUAACCGGAGCUCCCUUUGAAAUCAGCUUCGGUACGGAGACGCCACCCCCGCUCAGGAAAAUCGACCAUCCGUUAACAGCGUCGCAAACCGAGGCAGAGAGAUGGAGUUGUGCUGUUUCUGAGCUCCGGGGAGGCCUCGGGGAAGUUGAGCCCUGGCCAUAGCAGGAAUGAAGGGAGAAAGAAGGGACGAUGUCGCCCUUUGGAACUGGUUUUUGGUCAGCGUGGCGCUCAGGGUUUGUGAGUCAGUGAGGGCUCCGUGUGAUGGGUGUCCCGAUUUGUGGCUUUGUGUGGCUGGUUAUAUAUUUGAGAAGAGGAAAUCCUCCGGGCCCCUGCCCUUGCUGCUGACAACGUGAACGGGCCGAGGAAAGCCCUGCAUUUGUUCCACUUGUAAUUCCGAGGUGGAAAAAUCCCCAGCAGUUCCCCCACAGAAAGUACUUGUACCGUCAUUGUUAGCUAGGAAAGGAAGGGACUCUCCGGGAGAGAGGUGAUAUCCCAGAGAGGGAAAUUAGCUUCUUUACUAUGGACAGACAAUACUGUAAGAUUGGAUGGUGAGUAAGUAGUAAGUGCACCCGACUGUAACCUCGUAAAUUGUUUUUCUGCGAUGUCCACGUUUCCUCAUCUAUUAAAGACUUCCUGUUAUAAA